AUGGCGCUGACGAAUGGCAGAAAGAGUGCAAGAGACCUGAGAGCUGAAGCCAGAGCGCUGGUGAAGAGGUGUUACAUGGCGGCCGGCAAGCUGGACGCUUUGGUGUGUAUGGAUGAUGCGCAUGCCACGAAUGGUUUGCUGGGACGGUUGGCGAGACAUCACUCGCCUUCGAAUACCACGCUCAGAACCCAUACUCGGACGCCGUCACCGGUGCCGUCUGCGAGUCCGUCAAUCAUGCCUUUCAACGGUGUGCCCAGUGUGAGGGGUUCGUCGCCACCAGUGACCCAUGGCCAUUCGCCGCAGCCUCAGUGGGCUGGAAGAGGGGCUGGAGUUGUUGGAGUUGCAUAA